CCCAUGGAGAAAGGACUCACUUUGCCCCAGGAUUGCCGGGACUUUGUGCAGAGCCUGAGGAUGAGGAGCAAAUAUGCCCUUUUCCUGGCUUUUGUGGUGGUGGUUUUUGUCUUCAUUGAAAAGGAAAACAAAAUCAUAUCAAGAGUCUCUGACAAGCUGAAGCAGAUCCCCCAAUCCCUGGCAGAUGCCAACAGCACCGACCCAGCGCUGGUCUUGGCCGAGAACGCGUCCCUCCUGUCCCUGAGUGAGCUUGACGCGGCCUUCUCGCAGCUGCAGGGCCGCCUGCACAACCUCAGCCUGCAGCUGGGUGUGGAGUCCAUCGGGGAGCAGCAGGAGGAGGAGCCCUCGCAGCCUGCCAGGGCUGGGCACCGUCGCCACGUGCUCCUUAUGGCCACCACCCGCACGGGCUCCUCCUUCGUGGGCGAGUUCUUCAACCAGCAGGGCAACAUCUUCUACCUCUUCGAGCCGCUGUGGCACAUCGAGCGCACGGUGUCCUUCGAGCCGGGAGGUGCCAACGCCGCGGGUUCGGCGCUGGUCUACCGCGACGUGCUGAAGCAGCUCUUCCUGUGCGACCUGUACGUCUUGGAGCACUUCAUCAGUCCCCUGCCCGAGGACCAUCUGACGCAGUUCAUGUUCCGCCGAGGCUCCAGCCGCUCCCUCUGCGAGGACCCGGUGUGCACGCCCUUCGUCAAGAAGGUCUUUGAGAAGUACCACUGCAAGAACCGCCGCUGCGGCCCCCUCAACGUGACGCUGGCGGCGGAGGCCUGUCGCCGCAAAGAGCACAUGGCCCUCAAGGCCGUCCGCAUCCGGCAGCUGGAGUUCCUGCAGCCGCUGGCCGAGGACCCCCGGCUGGACCUGCGCGUCAUCCAGCUGGUGCGCGAUCCCCGGGCCGUGCUGGCCUCCCGCAUGGUGGCUUUUGCUGGCAAGUAUGAGACCUGGAAGAAGUGGCUGGCGGAGGGACAGGACCGGCUGCAGGAGGAGGAGGUGCAGCGGCUGCGGGGCAACUGCGAGAGCAUCCGCCUGUCGGCCGAGCUGGGCCUGCGGCAGCCCCCCUGGCUGCGCGGGCGCUACAUGCUGGUGCGCUACGAGGACGUGGCGCAGCGGCCGCUGCAGAAGGCCCGCGAGAUGUACCGCUUCGCCGGCAUCCCGCUGACCCCGCAGGUGGAGGACUGGAUCCAGAAGAACACCCAGGCGGCCCUCGAAGGCAACGGCAUCUACUCCACACGGAAGAACUCCUCGGAGCAGUUCGAGAAGUGGCGCUUCAGCAUACCCUUCAAGCUGGCCCAGGUGGUGCAGGCCGCCUGCGGCCCUGCCAUGCGUCUCUUCGGGUACAAGUUGGCCCGGGAUGCUGCCUCCCUCACCAACCGCUCAUUCAGCCUGCUGGAGGAACGCGGCACCUUCUGGGUCACGUAGGGAGCCUGGUGCCCCGUGGACCCCUCCUCCUGAAAGGUCUGCCCGCCUUCCUCACACCCAGGCCAGCAGGGAGACGCAUCCCUGGCAGAGGGC